CUUUCGUUUCAAAGCACAUGUGUUACGUCGGCUAUAGUGUACACACCAUUUUUGUGUUGUUUUAAGACUAUACAGGAAAUGUGAAUACAAUUUCUAGGAGAGCAAGAUGUCAGCACAAGAAAUUGAUGAUAUAGAAGACGCAAUCACUCCUGAACGUCGUUUGGAGAAGAAACAUAUUGUGCCCAGAGCAAAAAAAUUUAAAAAUCAUAUCAAAGAAGAGAAACCUAACACAGACAGUGUCAUUCCAGGCUGUCAGAGUGUGUACGUAAAAACAUGGGGAUGUUCGCAUAAUAAUUCUGACAGUGAAUACAUGGCAGGACAGUUAGCUUCCUAUGGCUACAAGAUUACAGAGACUGAAGAAGCUGCUGAUCUAUGGUUGUUGAACAGUUGUACGGUGAAAACGCCGGCAGAACAACAUUUCCAAAACUCGAUCAUCAAAGCGAGGGAGCAAAAUAAAUACAUGGUAUUAGCUGGAUGUGUUCCACAAGCGCAGCCUAAACUUGAUUAUAUCAAUGGCGUCAGUGUCGUCGGUGUCCAACAGAUUGAUCGAAUUGUAGAAGUUGUAGAGGAAACAUUCAAAGGCCAUACUGUAAGGUUAUUUGGUCAAAAAAAGAAAGAUGGUAAGAAAAUUGGUGGCGCUCCUUUGAAUCUUCCAAAAAUUAGAAAAAAUCCACUUAUUGAAAUUAUUGCUAUAAAUACCGGCUGUUUAAAUGCAUGUACUUACUGUAAAACGAAAUAUGCCAGAGGUGAGCUAGGUAGUUAUCAACCAAGUGAAUUGGUGGCACGAGCCAAGCAAUCAUUCGAAGAGGGUGUAUGUGAGUUGUGGUUAACUAGUGAGGAUACUGGUGCCUAUGGUAAAGACAUAGGUGUUACAAUAGUGGAGUUACUAUGGCAACUUGUAGAGGUCAUUCCUGAUGGAUGUAUGAUGAGAAUAGGAAUGACAAAUCCACCGUAUAUACUUGAACAUUUAGAGGAAAUUUCCAAGAUUUUAAAGCACCCGAGAGUUUAUUCGUUUUUACAUGUGCCUGUCCAAUCAGGAUCAGACAGCGUAUUGAUGGACAUGAAACGAGAGUACUGUGUUGACGAUUUUAAACAUGUUUGUAAUUUUCUUAAAAAGAGAGUUCCUGGUGUCACCAUAGCAACAGAUAUUAUAUGUGGUUUUCCCACAGAAACUGACGAGGAUUUUGAUGAGACAAUGCAGCUAGUAGAAGAGUACAAGUUUCCUAGCUUAUUUAUUAAUCAAUAUUUUCCAAGGCCAGGAACUCCGUCAGCAAAAAUGACACGUGUCCCAACAAGAGAGGUGAAAAAAAGAACAAAAAAAUUAUCCCAGUUAUUUCAAGACUACAGACCAUAUGAUCACAAAGUUGGUGAAGAGCAGCAUGUACUGGUGACAGAAGAUUCACAUGACGGCAGAUUUUAUGUAGCACAUAACAAGUUUUACGAUCAAGUAUUAGUCCCGAAAGAAGAGAAUUUACUUGGAAAAAUGAUUAAAGUGAAAAUUACAUCCACGGGCAAACAUUAUCUCAUAGGUGACAUAUUGAAAGAUGAGGAGACGGUCACUCCAUCCAUUGCUGUGCCAUUGCCAAAGGGCUGUGUCUCAGGUGCUAAUCAACAGAUUGCAACUGGAGAGCAUUCAAGUCGAGUGCCAAGAUAUUGGUUAACUGUAGCGGUGUGUGUGGCGGCCAUUGCUGUGAUAGCAGACAUUUUAAAAAUUAUUUACCAGUACAUGAUCAAUAGAUAAUCUAAUUAUUAUCCACACAAAUAUUAUUUAUUGUUUAGGUGUUGAGUCUAGACCUGAUGCAGCAAUCACUUGCUACAUGUGUCUUCCAUUACAUACAUUGCUAUAAUGUCAUCUGUAAAUUUUAUUAGUUGAUUCAAAAUGCCAUCAACUAUGCCUAGGUAUGAUGCUAGUAAUAUCUCAUCACAGUCAGCUAUGGACUGUAAAUUUCAUUGAAAUUCCAUCAACUAUGCCUAGGUACAAUGCUUGUAAUAUCUCAUCACACUCAACUAUUAACUGUAAAUCUGAUUGGUUGAUUCAAAAUGCCAUCAACUAUGUCUAGGU